UUUUUUUGUUUUGUUGUGUUUUGUGUUGUGUUUAGGCUGGAGUUUUGUAUAUAAUGAUAGGGUAUCUUACUCCUGAUCUUCUCAAAUAUUUAGAGACUACUCGAGUACAUACUCUUCCCUUGAAAUUUUUAGGUCGUAUUACCUGUUCCUCGCUGAUCGUAGACAUGGGUGUACUUUUCGGAGUAACAGUGGCUGCGAUAAUAGAGAGUGUGUAUAUUUGGUCAUCUGGUUUGUUUGAAAUCUGAAGAGGGAGAGAGGCUGUGCUGUGCCUACUUACUGUUUGAGUCGCCAAUUAUGUGAGAGGAUUGUGUGAUGUCUGGUUCUGUGUCUGGGCCAGGUGGCUCAGUGAGUUCCACACCUUCCACAGGGCAUUCCCAUGCAGUCCAUGCAGUGGUUGUGUGGGAGUGGGAGAACAGACAAGGGCGCUGGAGACCAUACAGCCCUGAGGUUUCCCAACUUUUAGAGAGGGCUCAUGGCAAGAAAUUGACUAGAGUUAUUUUAAGUGAUGCCGAUCCUUUGUUGGAAAGGUACUAUGUUAAUCUCCGGACAAAGACACAGUGCUCGGAAGAUCCAGCUGGAGGUGUCUUACACAAUGUCAGACGUCAGUGCUACCCACCUGACUCACCCGCUGGCAAAGGAGCCAAGUGGGAGUGGGCAGGGGACAUGAUAGGCGAAUGGCAUACCUAUGACAUGGACAUACAGUGCCUCAUUGAAGAAGCUUGGGCCAAAGGAGAACAGACUAUUGAUGUCAGCAAGUCACACUAUUUAGGUUUUCCAUACAUUAUCAAUUUUUGCAAUCUUACUCAAAUUCGCAAUAACACUGGAUAUGUGAGGAGUAUACGGCGUGUUCAACAGGCCCCAUACCCUCUGGUGAAAGUUCAGCUUCAUGAUCUUGUUGCAAGUCCAAGCCCUCCACCUUUCCAAAACCCAAGAAGGCCAAAUCAGCCUCGUAUGUUGACACCAACAGGAUCUAUUGCUAGUAGUGGAAGUGGGAACUCAUGGAGUAGUGCUAACUGUGCUGGCAAGAAAACAGUUCCAUCUGCUUCUAAUUCAAAUUCAAAGAAACAAAACAAAAAGGCCAAGAGUCCUAGUGAAGGCGCAGGAAACAUAGCCCGGACUAUAUUGAGCAAUAUAUUUGGAACAAAAGGUGUUCAUGCAAGUACCCCUGGCUCACUAACACUUCCUCCUGCAUAUCGAGGUCCAACUGUACAAAAACAUCCUCCCUCUUACCGUCCUAACAGCAGCCAUGCCUCUUUAACAAGACCAGAUCGCCCAGAUUCUGUGCUUGAUGCUGACUCUAGCAGUACAAAGAGUGGACGUCGACCAUCUGUGGACACUGUGUCUACAUAUCUGAGUCAUGAAUCGAAAGAUAGUGAACUCAGAGCAUCGAGGAACACAGUGUCUGAUUUAAUUGACUGUGGUGGCAGUAGUUGUGAUGAUGUGUUUGACUCUGCUCCUCUACAGCGUCCUACAUCACACCAACGACCUAAAGGUGUAAUUGUUGGUGUUGAUGCAGCUAGUGAGGUGAUUUCCCAAUAUGUCCAGGUUGUUGAAAACCCAUCUUGGGGUUCAACUUGUCCUAUCUGCCUUUGUGAUUUACAAGGAGAUAUGACUGUGGCUCUGUCUCGUUGCUCUCAUAUGCUUCACUUGAAUUGUCUAAAUAAUAUGCUAACAGGACUGCCCUGUGCAGAUAAAUGGCUUUACAUACAGUGUCCUGUCUGUAUGACAAUCUAUGGGGAGAAACGAGGUAAUCAACCAGCUGGAUCAAUGGACUGGACUAUUCUCCAUUAUUCUCUCCCAGGACAUCCAAAUACCUGGACUAUUCAAAUAACAUAUAACAUAGCAUCUGGAAUACAAGGGCCAGAACAUCCAAACCCUGGUCGACCUUAUUAUGCUGUUGGAUUCCCUCGAGUUUGUUACAUUCCAGAUACUGAGAAGGGCCGCAAGGUGCUCAAACUGCUAAGAAUAGCAUUUGAGCGGCGACUGGUUUUCACUGUUGGCCGUUCUGUCACUACUGGAUUAGAGGAUGUUGUCACAUGGAAUGAGAUACAUCAUAAAACAGAGCCAGGUUUAAGCCACAAUGGACAUGGCUAUCCAGACCUUGAGUACCUUGACCAUUGCCUUGAGGAGCUUGCAGCCCAUGGUGUGACAGACCCAGAAGAAUCUAACUUGUAUCAAGAGUUGAACUGAUAUCAAUAGCUUUAAUUAAAGCAGAGUUUCCUGUUUGUUACCGUCUAAUAUUUAUGGUGAAGGUGUUACCUCUGUGCCAUCCUUGUCUAAAAUACUCAUUUGCAACAUAUUUAUAUUGGUUAUUUUCCUCAAGAUUUAUUCUAUGUUAGAUGUAUUUUUUAUCACUUUUGUUUCAAAUACAGUAAUCAUUGCUGUACAAUAUAUAGUUAAAUAUUUUAGCUAUUCCUAUAUCUAAUAUGAAAAUUCCUAUCCUAAAUAAUAUUUUAUGUUACAAGAAAUGUGUACCAUAUAAUUUGUUUGUUUGUUCAAAGUAUUUUAUUAGAUAAGUGUUUUGUAUGUUUGUCUUUUAAGACAAUAUUACUUUUAAGUGAACUGAAGACAGACUGUCAAAUGUAGAGAAAUUUUUUAUAUGAAUCAUAGAAUUUAAGAAAACUUGUUUUGAACUGUUCCUGUAAUUAGUGCCAACGUUGUGAAACAUUAAAACAUUGUUUGCCCAAGCAUUUAA